CAAAUGCAUACAUAUUACCCAAAAUUCCUUGUUCAACCAAAACAUUGUCAAUCGCCAUGUUGUGAUGUUUACGUUAAAGGGGACAUCGAAAUCUGAUGUCAUCACGGAGGAAAACGUAUAGUAUGAGCUGUGGUUCCAAGAACUCAGAAUGAACGACGUGUCUUGGCAGAACGGACCGCGAAUGAUGGCAAAUGGACCCCAUGAUAUUGCAGGUCGACAAAACAAUAACAGUGUUCCUGGAAGUCGGUCACAAGACGAUGCCACGGUCGGGUAUUUUUUCCAGCGCCCGCAGACUGACUUGGAACUGAACAGUUACAGCAAUAAGAGAUGGGCUAUCGGGGACGACAGCAUCAUAGAGCACUCUCGAAACAUUGCAACCGUGCAGGAUAUAGAGAGAGAUUUCCAUGGGAUGUCUAUUGGUAGAGAAAUGCCUAACACUGCCAAAAAGCUCUGGGAGAUUGGAGAUGGGCCGAAGCAGGGAGGGGAUCAAGGGAAAGGAAUGUUUCCAGGAAAUCCGUGGACCACCAGGGAAGAUACUUGGGGGAAUCCAACAGAGCCAGGAGCAUUAGGAGUAGACAUGGUGGAGUAUGUCUUGGGUGGAUCCCCCACCAGUAAAGAGCUGGAUGCCCGACUCCGCGGAAAGGGAGGACCGCCACCCGGCCCAUUUAUGCAGAAUAUGAGGAAGUUCAAGAUGCAUGGACCACCACAAGAGCCAGGAAUGGAUCCACAAGGAGAUAAGAAGAGUAAGACCCCUUCCCCAUUUGAGGGCCAUGAUGGGGAGAGAGUAGACGAAAAACAAGACAAUUUACCAGCUAAUGGCUUGCUUCAGAAUGGCAUUGAUGAAGACUACAGUAACAGAAGAAACAGUCACCAAAACUCACCCAAUGCUGAGAAUGCCAUACCUGGAAUGGACAUGACAAAACUGAGUGUUAAGCCAGAAGGUGGGGAAUAUCUAGACCACAAUCAGCAGCCCCACUUCCCACAGCCAGGGUUCCAGCUAGACCCCCCUCCCUUUGAUCCCGUGGGAAUUGAUCCGGUACAGUUUGACUACAGUAACCAGAUGGGAAUGCCUUCCUCAAUGGACAGCCCAAAUUUCAACAUGGAUUACAAUCAAUUAUUACAGAGACAACAGCCUAUUGCCGUGUUAACUCAGCAGCAGUUCCUAGCUUCACAACAACAGCAGAUGGGGAUGACUGCGGCGGCCAUUACGCCGACCCCUUAUGUUAUCAGCCAGGAUCCUUAUGCUGUGGGCAUUCCUAUAGCAGGACCAGCAGUUAUUCAUCCUCAGUACUAUGGUGUUCAGGCUCCUUGGGGCAUCUAUCCAGCAAACUUAAUCCAGCAGCAAGGGCAGACAACUCCGCAGCCCACAUCACAGGCCCAACAGCAGCAGCCACAGCAGCCCCACCUAAUGAGGGGGCAGAACGGGCGGCUGACACCCAAUCAGAACGAAGCUAACAUGCCAUCACAGCAGCCCAAUAUAAAUCAGCAGAUGGGGACCCCCUCUAAUCCACAGUAUCAGAUUUUAGCUCCAGCCUAUUACGACCAGAAUGGCCAGCUGAUAAUGAACCCUCGAGGACUGAGUACCCCUGUACGACUUGUCUCCCCUGCCCCAGUACUAGUCAGUGCAGCCACUGCGGCAGCAAGUCAACAAGGUGGGGCAAACAAUCCUCUUCGUCUUCUGACUACCCAGUCACAGCAGUUACAGACAACUCCUCCUGUUAACUUCUCCAGUAACAGCAACUCCAGUCUUAACAACAUGGGUCAAAGACGGGAUUCUUUAGAUUACAAAACACGACAGCAUUUACCACCCUUGAAUCAGUUUUAUGGCUCCAUGGGAAACAUGUCGGCCUCUCCUGCUGGCCCUAUGGGACUGGUACAACCAGGACAGAGUAUGACUCCACCACCCUCCCUUUCUGGAUCCUCCUCCAAUCUGUCAGUAGCUGGAAUGUCAGGAGGGAAUAGAAUGUACAGUGCUGCACCUGGAGCAGAGGCUAAAUUUAGAAACAGCCCCAUGGGAUCUAAUGGAUUCUUUUCUGGCACUUCUCUCUUUCCAAGCAGAAAUAUGGCUGCAAGGAAUUCCAUGUCAAAAGAAGCCACUGGAAGAAGUCGGAUGCUGGAGGAUUUUAGGAACAACAGAAUUCCCAACUUACAGCUGAAGGACCUCAAUAACCAUGUGGUGGAAUUCUCCCAGGACCAGCAUGGUUCUAGAUUUAUUCAGCAGAAGUUGGAGCGAGCUUCCCCACAGGAGAAGAACAUGGUCUUCAAUGAAAUCCUGGUACAUGCUUACAGUCUGAUGACGGAUGUGUUCGGCAACUAUGUCAUCCAGAAAUUUUUCGAGUUUGGCAGUAACGAGCAGAAGCAAACCUUGGCUCAGCGCCUUAGGGGUCAUGUUUUGCCACUUGCCCUGCAGAUGUAUGGCUGUCGUGUUAUUCAGAAGGCCUUAGAAACAAUUUCAACAGAUCUGCAAGUGGAAAUUGUGAAAGAACUUGAUGGCCAUGUGAUCAAGUGUGUUAAGGAUCAGAACGGCAACCAUGUGGUGCAGAAAUGCAUAGAAUGUGUGGAUCCCAUUCAUUUACAGUUCAUUAUUGAUGCUUUCAAAGGUCAGGUUCUUUCAUUAUCUACUCAUCCUUAUGGUUGUCGAGUCAUUCAGAGAAUUUUGGAACAUUGCACUAAAGAGCAGACAACUCCAAUACUGGAUGAGCUUCAUCAAGCUAUAGAGAGACUGGUGCAGGAUCAGUACGGAAACUAUGUUGUGCAGCAUGUGUUGGAACAUGGAUCCCACGAUGACAAGAGUAAAAUUGUGUCAGAACUACGGGGCAAAGUCCUGGUUCUCAGUCAGCACAAAUUUGCAAGUAAUGUUGUGGAGAAAUGUGUGUCCUAUUCCUCCAGACCAGAGAAAGCAAUGCUGAUAGAGGAAGUUUGUUCUCUAACUGAUGGGCCACAAAAUGCACUUUACAUCAUGAUGAAGGACCAGUUUGCAAACUAUGUUGUACAGAAAAUGAUUGACGUGGCAGAGCCAAAGCAACGCAACAUUCUGAUGCACAAAAUCCGACCCCACAUUGCAACUCUGAGAAAGUAUACAUAUGGCAAACAUAUCCUUGCAAAACUGGAAAAGUUCUUCAUGAAAAACAACUCAGACCUGGGCCCAAUAGGCAUGCCACCCAAUGGAGCUCUACCAUAAAAUGUCAACUGCCUGACUGAUGUUAGAGUGUCUCCUGAAAUUUAUUAAGGCUGAGUCUUUUAAAUGAUGUAAAAAGGUUGAUAAAAAUGAAAUGUUAUUCUUGGAAAUUUUUGAACUAAGGCAAUGUGAAAAAUUGCUGAUGCAUACAGAGAGGAUUUGGUACAUAUGUCCUUGCAAGGAAGGGUAUUUUUUUCUAUCAAGGCACGCAUAGUUUUGAUAUAAACAUAAUCAAGUUCAAUUAAAAAAACAACAAACUUAAGCAAUAUUUAAGGUUUGAUUAAAGAUUGAACAUAUAGGAUUUGUUGUGUCAAAAACACCAAACAUUCAAAACACUAAAAAUAUUUUAGUUUUGAUUAGUUCAUUAUGCACACUCUUUGAGCUUUAUUUCAAAGAUUUGGGAAGGGAUGGACAAAAUUAUUGAGCCAUACAAUUAUCAUUUUGUCAUAAAAACAGAAAGGACCAUUUAUAGAGUAAGAAACCUAAUGGCUUUCAUAUUCAUUUAUCAAGUAUCCACUUUUCUAAAGCUUUUCACAACACUGAGAAUGAGUAAUCCAACAAAAUCUAGUUUCUACCUCAAGGACAAAAAUGGGAAAAAAAG